AUGGACUGGGAUAGCCUCUGCUUUAAUACCGCGACCUUCAUCGCCGGCAUCUUUGUCCUUGACUAUGGUGCGGAUAAAUUCGUGGACCACACUGUUGUCGUGGGGCAGCGUGUGGGCAUCUCGCCGACCCUCAUUGCUCUUUUGACGGCUGGAGCAGAAUAUGAAGAGCUCGCUGUUGUGGUUGCCGCAAUCCUGCAACACCGUGCACCCCUUGCCCUGGGCAAUGUGAUCGGUUCCACCAUCUCCAACAUCCUCGGCGCCUUCUCCCUCGGUCUUCUGUGCCAUCCAGGCCGAAUGGAGUUCGACUGGACUGCAAAGAUGUACUCCGCUUUGCUUCUUGCUGUCACUACAUUGGUUGUGGGUUUGGCCUUUUUUGACCAGCUAAAUCAGCCUACAGGCGGAGUCCUCAUAGCCAUAUUUGCCCUGUACUUGAUCUCCAUCGGGUACGCCAUUUAUAGAGGCAUAGCGGAGCCACCUCAGAUGUCGGACAGCGACAGCGAAGACGAUGUACCCGCCAGUCGUAGCCAUCAGAUGCCCUCAGAGGAGGAUCCGCUGCUAUCGACGCCCAACUCGCCAUCUCCAGAGGAUGGCAGAAACAUAUCACGACCACUCUACUACCAUCUAUUCCAGCUUCUCUUCGGCCUAUUUGCGCUAUCUUUAUCUGGAUAUAUCCUUGCCCACAGUGCCGGCACAAUCGCUGAUUCCCUCCACCUGUCAGGCACCGUAUUCGGCUUGACAAUUAUUGCCUUUGCCACGACCCUCCCAGAGAAGUUCAUUUCCGUGCUCAGUGGUUUUCGUGGACAAGGAGGCAUUGUCGUUGCAGCAACUGCAGGCAGCAACAUAUUCCUCCUAACGCUGUGCAUCGGCAUUGUUGCUGCCUCCGGAGGGGCUGUCGAUCAGGCAGAUGCAUUUGUUCUUUUUGACCUGGUAACAGUCUGGAUGUCGGCGUUCUUUCUUGCUGUGGUUGUAUUUCUAAGACCGCCAAGUCGGAUUUCUGGUUUAGUAUUGCUUGCUGCGUACUUGGUGUUUUUGGUCCUCGAGUUCUCGCUGUAUAAAAAAAGGUUAUAA